CCUAAAUCUUCCUUUUCUCUAUUAUGGGCUUAAUAAAUAAGGCCCAAUAUAACUGUCUGUUUUAUGGGCUUAAUAGAAAAAACAGAUAUUUACCUUUCCUCUACGAAAGCGACGUCGUUUCCUUAGCUCGAAUCCACAAUUAAAAAUCUUUUUUGACUAAUCUCUUCCGUCCCCUUAAACGUCGUCGUUUUAUUUUUUGCUCAGAUCUGUUACAACAGUUAUGUCUCCGUCGACGGCGGCGAUUAUCGUCGGUCCCAUCUUAGCGGUGGACGCCACCGUAUCUCGCGCAAUUCACACGGCGGCGAAGCCAUUCCUUCCACCAUUUCUCCUCCUUCUCCUAGAAAUCUCCGCCGAUUUCCGAUUCUCCUUCCCUGUAUCCCUUUCCCUCCUCCUCUCCCCUCCGUUACGCUCUUUCCUCAUCCCUUUCCUCCUCGGCCUCCUCCUCGAUCUAAUCUUAAUCGCAUUAGUGAAAUUAAUCUUCCGUCGUGCUCGUCCCGCUUACAAUCACCCUUCAAUGUCCGCCGCUGUAUCAGCUGAUCACUACUCGUUUCCCUCAGGUCACGCUUCUCGCGUCUUCUUCGUUGCCGCUUCCGUUCACUUCUUCUCUGCUGCUGCUGAAGCUACAAUGGUAGAUCCGAGCUACUCUUUCUUAGAUGGUUGGAUCAGAGAUAAUCACGAUGGCGAUGUCAAACCAGAAGUUGUGGUGGUUGUAUGGAUCUGGGCAACAGUUACUGCAUUUUCAAGGAUUCUCUUAGGCAGACAUUAUGUUCUCGAUGUAGCUGCUGGUGCUUGCUUUGGGAUUGUAGAAGCUCUCUUUGCUCUUCGAUUUCUGAGAUUUGAACUCUUUGGGAGGUAACAAAAGUAUCCAAAAUGUUGUUGUUGCUGUAAUUGUUUCGAUUACAUUGAGAAGAAGAAUUUUAUUGUUCAUGAGUCAAAGAUUGUUCCUUUUGUUUGACUACAAUGCUCUUGUAUGAAAUCUUGUGUUAUACAAUCCUUAAUGUGAAUAAUGAGAUCUUAUACACUUGCAUCGUAAUCGAGCUAGGCCUGAAUAUUGAAAGGCUAAACCUUUCACAUUGAUGUUAUUGUGUUUGAAACAUUGAAGUUGUGGAUGAGUGUAAUCUUCUUAGCUUACUUUUGUAGUUUGUGGAGAUUUUACCAUUUUCUCUCUAUGUAACUUCUCUCCGUUGUUUCGAGCUUUGGAAAGAUAAAUUGAGGAAUAAUAAACACUGGCAUGUGGAAUGUUGGGAAUGAGACCAUCACUGAUUGAUUAGACGUUUUUCGUUACUGUGAACAUGCUAUGCUUGCCAAUAUCUGUGGUUCCUCUGCGUUUGGGAAUAUUUCCUACCUGUAACUCGGUUUCUUUAUCUUUGCUCUCAUUCUUAGUGUAGCCAACAUAUUCUGUACUAUGUUACAGAGUCUUUCGUUAUCGUCAGAGAAGAAAACCGUUGCUAAAAUUGCCAGAAUCAAAUGAUUGAUUCAUCCGAUGCCUCCGCCUUGUUGGGUAUACUAUAGCAAGCUCGGUCAUAGGUUUUCUCUCGAAUCUCUACCUCUUUGUGUUGCCCUUGGUUUGCUAAUCUCAUCUUUGUCUAAGGUUGCAGGAGAUGCCUGUGAGAUUGGACCCACCCCUGCAAUAUGUAAGAGACUGUCUUCUACACUCGUGGAGCUACCUUGUUGAGAGAUAUUAUUUUGUUAAAAUAGCUAUAAUUGAAGCUUGAAUGAGAAAGCUGUUUCUACAGCAUUUCCUGCAGAAAACUCUGUUGAUUAGACUGAGAAAACACAGUCAAGCUUAGAUGGCCAAGGAGGUAUAAAGUCCCGAUCUCAAAAUUCAGUUGAUAUGACCUUCUCACGGUAACAAAUCUCACAUGUAAAAGUUUCCAUCCACCAUAUUGCUCCUUAAAAUUGGUUCUUAGUGUUAACCAAAUAAACCAGAUACCAGAACCACCGGUUAUGAGUUUGCUUGUGUGAGUGUGUUAUGAAUUAUGGGAUUGGUAUGUGUUGUCAUUCUUGGAUUGGUUCAUAGGCAUCAUUUAUGAGAAUUAUGGGAUUGGUAUG